AUGCGUCCGAUCGACGUGACGCCCGCUCGAGCGUCGAGACUCCUGUCGACGGUGUACAGCCACCCGAAGAUCGCCGCUCCGGGAAAAUUUCGACCGAACGAUCCCGUGCGCGUGAGCAAGUACAAGACGCUGUUCGAGAAGGGAUACACGCCGAAUUGGACCGCGGAGAUCUUCCGCGUAGCCGAGGUGCGAAGGACGAAUCCCGCGACGUAUCUGCUGAAGGAUUCGCGCGGCGAGUCGAUAGCCGGCGGAUUCUACGAGCACGAGUUGCAGCGAGUCUCCGAUCCUGACGUGUAUCUCGUGGAGAGAGUGCUGCGCCGGAAGGGCGACGCGGUUCUCGUGAAGUGGCUGGGGAUGGACAGGUCGCAUAAUUCGUGGAUAGACAAAGCCGACAUAUUGUGA